GGGGAAGGUCUCUCCCCCUCUCUCUCCCCCUCCAGUGGUACAGCUGCUAAAUCUGAAGCGUGUGUGUGCAUGUGUGUGUUUAUAAAGUUAUUGAAGAAUGAGUGUAAUGAAGAGAGGUCCGGCUUGCAGGCUGCUGUUUCUCAGCCGGCAUUAAGGUGUUGUACCCGGCGGUUCAUUUGCACUUGAAGGAAAUGUAUCAAUAUCACCAUACGCAGUAAAAUAGUUGGUGUGAGGUAUGGCGUUGGAGGGGAAGUAUGCAGACACCAUGCAGGACCCUCUGUUCAUCCAGGAGAGCGACGAGGUGUACAGGAACCCCACUGAAGUGAAGAUGAGUCAGAUCGUGCUGCCGUGCCACGCCAAUCACUGCGGAGAGCUGAGCGUCGGACAGCUGCUGAAGUGGAUGGACUCCACAGCCUGCUUGUCUGCUGAGAGACAUGCAGGUUGUUCUUGUAUCACUGCAUCUGUGGACGACAUCCAUUUCGAACACAUAAUAGGGGUGGGAAAUGUAGUCAACAUCAUAGCAAAGGUCAACCGAGCAUUCACAUCCAGCAUGGAGGUGGGUAUUCUGGUGAAUUGUGAGGACCUUUACGCUGACAGGCAGUGGAAGGUUUGCCAUGCCUUUGCCACCUUUGUUGCCCGACGAACUGGAGUUGGGAAGGUACAGCUGAAGCAGGUGCUCCCUCGCACACAGAUGGAGCAGAUGGAGUACAGCCUGGCAGCAGAGCGGAGGAGGAUGAGGCUGAUCCACGCUGAGAUCAUUACAGACCUACUGAACAGCAGCACAGCACAACUAGGAGAAUGUCAGGAGUACCAGGAUGCCGUACCGGCUGCGACCCGGGUUGAGAGUGUGGAGUUGGUGCUGCCGCCACAUGCUAACCACCAAGUCAGCACCUUCGGGGGCCAGAUCAUGGCCUGGAUGGAGAAUGUGGCGACAAUUGCAGCAAGUCGAUUGUGUAACGCACACCCGACGUUGAGGUCCAUAGACAUGUUUCAUUUCCGUGGGCCGUCUCACAUUGGUGACAGACUGGUUCUGAAAGCCAUUGUGAACAAUACCUUCAAGCAAAGCAUGGAGGUGGGAGUGUGUGCUGAGGCCUACCAGGGUGGGGAACCUCUGCGCCAUAUAAAUAGUGCUUUCAUGACCUUUGAGGUGCUGGACAGUGACAGGAAACCGAGCACGGUGCCACGUAUACGACCUGAGCCUGUGGAUGGAAAAAGACGAUAUCAAGAAGCUGUUGCCAGAAGGAAGAUUCGCCUUGACCGGAAAUACAUUAUCUCCUGCAAGCAAACUGAAGUGCCUGUCUCUGUGCCCUGGGACCCAAGUAACCAGAUGUACCUGAGCUACAAUAAUGUAUCCGCACUGAAACUAAUGGAUACCAGAAACAACUGGGUAUUAUCCUCUGAGAAAAACAAGGUCAGACUGUACACGCUGGAGGAAAACCACAUGUUGUGCUUCAAGGUGGAGAUGAAUGUCAGCGUAGCCGCAGAGCAGACGUUCCACCUCCUGUCAGACCUGAGGAGGAGAAAGGAGUGGGACCCGCACUAUGAGGACUGUGAGGAUAUCAACCAAGCAGAUGAGGAGGACACUCUUUAUCGUGUGGCAGCACCGUCCGUCAGUAAAUGGGGCAAAGGCCAGGACUUUAUCUUGCUGGCGUCCAGGAGGAAGCCAUGUGACGCCAGGGAUCCGUAUCUGAUCGCUCUGCGCUCUGUCACUUUGCCUACUCACCCCCCCACUGAGGACUACACCAGAGGAGAAGUGCUCUGCGCCGGCUUCACAAUCUGGGAAGAGUCCAGCACUGUCACCAAGAUCACCUACUACAACCAGGCCACACCGGGAGUCCUCCCCUACAUCUCCACAGACAUCGCAGGCCUGUCCUCCAGUUUUUCCAGCGCUUUCUCUGCCUGUAGUCACUUCCUGGAGGCCAACAAGGACACCCCGGCUGCACUGCCUCCCCCUGCACUGAAAAUCAGCAUGGCCUCCCUACAAGUGGACGAGUAGCAUCAGCAGGAAGGAUUAGCAUGAAUGCACUGUCUCCCCCAUACUUGAAUGUACUGUACGUGUCCUACCAUGAUACAAACAUCCUAUUAAUUGGUUUGUAGGUUCUUUAAAGUCCUUUAUUCUCAGUGCCCCGUGUUUGAGGUAUGAAGGAAGAGCGCACGAUGUGUCUGAGCCCCUCUUGGAUUAUAAGACUGAAGUUUUUGUAGAGCUAAUAUAUAUGGAAAACCUACUGUGUUAUACUAAUUUAAAGAUCAAUGAAUCAUAUUUUGAUAGAGAUUUAAGUAUUUAACACAAUCUUUGCAAUGUAUGAUCGCCAUGUUUUUAAUGGUGUUGCCAGUGUUUCAUUCUAAACUGUGAUGUGUCAAUCCGCCUCUUGUUUUAGGAUAUUUUCUACCUCUUAAAUAAAGUAAACUAUUUGAUCACGACUUUGAAUACGAGUAGGCCAAGACGAACAUUUAUUGUGUAAUGAUGCUUUUAUUUUGAAAUGUAUGUAUAUUAGAGGACAACUCUUGCACUGAUUUUAUGAUGUAUUUUGACAUUUAAUGGAUCUCACAUGCCAGGCUGUCUUGAUUUGAACUGAAACAAUAAACACAAUGGACCAGUG